AAAACAUAAAAAUCAUUCUAAAAAAACAGAGACAGACUCUCUCUCUCUCUCUAACAUCUUUUAUAUCUAAUCUACCAUGUUGGAUUUUGGAGAGGGGCUGACUUUAGAGAAUUUGAGUGUUCCAUGGCUCAUUUGGAUUCAACUUUUGGUCUUGCUUCUUCUUCUUGCUCUUCUCUUUGGCUUCUCCAUCAUUGCUUUAGAUCCCUCUCACCACUCUAUUGCUCCCACUGCCUCCACCAUUCAGCAACAACAACAACAACCCUCCAACUACCACUCCACCGCUGUCACCAACCGUCUUCAGACCACCCGGGAAAAUGCAAGUAUUAAAGGUGAGAUAGUAAGCAAUGGAAGCAGAGAAAUUGUGAGAGAAGAGAUUGCAGAGGGAGAAUCUUCAACUUCGUCACUGUAUUUUCUCCAUCCUUGUUAUUAUUUCAACUUGGCCAAAAAAGCAUUCCUCAAAUGUCUUGGCCAUGAUUCUACAUCUGAUGAUCCUUCAACACAAAAUCAUACCAUAACUAAAGAAAGCUGAUUAUCAUUAUGAGUUUUUUUCUUUUUCCUUUUUCAAUUUAAUUUUACCUGAAUCAGGUUGCUUAUAAAUUGAUAUUAAUUUCUUCAAUUUUAAA